AUGACGGUCGGAAAAGACGUGUCAGCACUGUUUCCAGACGUGCUAAAGAAUAUGCAGACGGAGGAUCUCGAGCAAAAGAAGCUUGUGUACUUGUAUUUGAUGAACUAUGCCAAGACACAACCUGAGCUUGUGAUCCUGGCGGUCAAUACUUUUGUCAAGGAUGCCGAGGAUCCGAAUCCACUAGUGCGUGCGCUAGCGAUUCGUACGAUGGGCUGCCUCCGUGCUGAGAAAAUUAUCGACUACUUGCCCGUGCCGUUGAACCGCUGCCUGAAUGAUGAAAGCCCGUACGUCCGCAAGACGGCCGUGUUGUGUGUCGCCAAGCUCUUUGGUCUGAAGGCAGAACUGGCACUAGAGGGCGGCUUUGUCGAUCGUGUGAAAGAAAUGAUCUCUGACAACAAUCCCAUGGUCGUUGCCAAUGCCAUUGCUGCGCUGAACGAUAUCCACGAAGCUGCGCAGGACCUCAAGAUCCAAGGCGAGCCCGUCUUUGUUCUCGACUCGGAUGUCUUGAUGAAGCUUCUCGUCGCUUUGAAUGAGUGCACCGAAUGGGGCCGCAUCAUCAUUCUCAACACGCUCGCGACGUACCGCAGUGCUGAUGAGCGCGAGUCCGAGCACAUCUGUGAGCGUGUGAUGCCCCAGUUCCAGCAUGCCAAUGGAGCGGUGGUGCUUGGCGCCGUCAAGGUCGUGCUCGUGCAUAUGGAAUCAACACGCAAGCCAGAGUUUGUGCAGCAGCUCGUUCGCAAGAUGGCACCCCCGCUCGUGACGCUCGUGACCAGUGAGCCAGAGGUCCAGUGGGUCGCUCUGCGCAACAUCAACCUGAUCCUCCAAAAGUAUCCGGACAUCUUGUCGAAUGAGAUGCGUGUGUUCUUCUGCAAGUACAAUGAUCCACCAUACGUGAAGGCUGAAAAGGUCGACGUGAUGAUCAAGCUCGCGAAAGAAAGCAAUGUCGACAUGCUGCUCAGUGAGCUGAAAGAAUAUGCCACCGAGGUCGAUGUCGACUUUGUGCGGCGCGCGAUCCGUGCGAUUGGGCAAUGUGCCAUAUCUAUUGAAUCCGCGGCCGAGCGGUGUGUAUAUGUGCUGCUUGAGCUGAUCGGCUCGCGAGCGAGUUACGUUGUGCAGGAAGCCAUCGUUGUCGUGAAGGACAUCUUCCGCAAGUACCCUCAUCAGUACACACGGAUCAUUCCGCAGCUAUGUGCCAAUCUCGACGACAUGGACGAGCCUGAGGCCAAGGCUUCUCUCGUAUGGAUCCUUGGUGAAUAUGCUGAGCAGAUUGACAACUCCGACGAGCAACUCGCCUACUUUGUCGAGCAGUUUGUCGAUGAUGAGCCAGAGGUCCAGUUCCAGACACUCUCUGCAAUUGUGAAGCUGUUCCUCAAGAAGCCCGAGUCGCCUCUUGCGCAGCGCAUUGUGCAAGAUGUGCUUGAAAAGGCUACGUCCAAGUGUGACAAUGCUGAUUUGCGCGACAGGGCCUUUGUAUACUGGCGCUUACUCUCUAGCACGGACACCGACGCAGCUCGCGCUGUGGCCUUGGUGCCUGCCCCACUCAUCUCUGUUCCCCUCACGACCGUGCCGCGCUCCCUGCUGAACGAGCUCAUCCGUGAGCUCUCGCUUCUCUCGAGCGUGUACCACAAGCCAGCAUCCACCUUCAUUGGACGCGGCCGUGUAGGCAUGCAGUCGCUCCAAGCUCUGUACGUUGCGAGCAUACCCAGUUUCUUGACUAACCACCGAUGCAGCUCAAAUGACGAGGCAGCCCGCACACGUGCGAUUGUCACUGUGGCCCAGGGUGAGAAGAGCGAGACACUGUUGGACCUGGGCGAAGACACAUCGAGCUCUACAGCAGCACAGGCCGCCGCUCAGAGUCUUGGCAGCUUGGGCGAUUUGCUGGGCGACGAUGCGUUCUCGACGCCAGCUAUGACUAAUACUGCACAGAGUGUGCCUCAAAAAGGUGCGAUGGACGACUUGCUUGGCAUCUUUGACACGCCAAGUCAGAGCGCAGGCCUAUCACAGCCAACUGCUUCUGCUGCAGCCGCCGCCCCAUCGACAUCAUCAUCAACUUCAUCGGCGCAGCAAAACGAUCUACUUGGUCUUUUGUGA